AUGGAAACCCUAAUGAGCUUUAAUUCUUCUUCUCAUCCUCUGCUUCUGCAGAGCAGCAAGAACAGAGCAUUUUAUCCUUUUAAACCAUCAUCAUCAGCUCUUCUUUGCUCAAGUAAGAAGCCUGAGUUUGUUGGUUUUCAGCACAAACAUAAUUACAACUCGGUUUCACUACAAAUCAAAGAUGAAAUCAGUUCAGUUUCUUGCAAAUCUUCAGCUUCUGAUCAAUCAUCUUUUGAUCGACAAUCAGAGAAUAAUGCUGGAAGCACCAAAAUUCCAUCUCAGGAGACGCUUCAAUCAAAGGUGGUCCGAGUGGAGUUUCAAUUGAUUAGAGAGUGCUUGUUUGGUCAACAAUUUCUCGUCGUUGGCGAUGAUCCCAUCCUUGGUGUUUGGAAUCCUUCAAAAGCAAUACCAUUAAAAUGGUCUCCAGGACAUAUCUGGACAGCUAAACUUGAUGUGCCUAUUAAUAAAAGAAUCCAGUUUCUGUUCAUUCUCAAAGAUCCAACAGGAGAAUUUACAUGGCAACCUGGCCCACACAGGGUUUUCAAAACAGGGGAAACUAGUAAAAUGAUUGUUCUCGAAUCCUGGGACUUUGAAGGGCUUCAGAGGACCAGUGAUGAAGAGCCACUGGCUAACCCAAACGUAUUAGAGGAUGUCACAGCUCAAUCGAAGACGGUCAAAGUGAAAUUUGAAUUAAGGUCUCAAUGUUUGGUUGGUCAAGGGUUUUUUCUCAUUGGCGAUGAUCCAGCUUUAGGUGGUUGGAACCCUUCAGGUGCAAUACCACUAAAAUGGUCGGAAGGAGACACUGGAGACAUAUGGACGUCAGCUGCACUUGAUAUGCCGAUUGGUAAGACAGUCCAGUUUAGGUUCGUGCUCAAAGACGCAACAACAGGAGAAGUAAUUAAAUGGCAAGCAAGACCAAAUACGUUUUUUACACCAUGGGAAAUUGAUGCUGAUCAAAACUUUAUAGUGAAAAAUAACUCUGUCUGUGUGGUUAACACUAAAAAUUCUGAGGCAGAGUCGAAAAAAGUGCCUACCCGGCCCGACCCUUUCAAAGAUGAAAAAUAUGAUCCUAGACCAUUUUUGGAUGGACUCUUUAAAGAUUAAAAGAAACAGAAGAAGGUCCUUUCAUAUGCCGGCGACAUUUGCUUUCAACACUUCUUUGCUGGUCAGGGACACCUAAUACUGGCAAGUAUUGUGGUCAUGUCUUGUGCACAAACUUCUUUGUUUCAUCUCUUUUUUUUCCUUAAAUGGCAACCUCGUGAGAUAGUAGCAAUAUUAGCCACAGGCCAA